UAUUGUCAUAAUUUGAUUGAUCUGUGUUCUGAAUUUGAUUCAUUCAUACACAGAUACAUUUAUACAAACAAAUAAACACAAUGCGAUCUUUAUUUUUUUGCAUCAUUUUGGUUGUUGCUGUAGCAGCAACAGAUUCCAAUCCAGAUGCAACAUCCAUAUUUAAUGGUGAAGGUUGUGAAAAUGAUCAACUGUUUCAAACACGAAUUCGGCCACAAAUUCAACAAUUAGCCAGCAAUGUACAACGUAUCAUCGAUCAUGUAAUGAGUGCAAAUGAAUCCGGUCGUACAUAUCGACAAUUAGCCGAAUUCGUUGAUCGUUUUGGCUCAAGAUUAACCGGAACAAAAAAUCUUGAAGAUUCUAUUGAUUAUAUGAUUGAUUUAUUAAAACAAGAAGGUCAUGAUAAUGUUCAUGGAGAACCAGUACAGGUUCCAAAAUGGACUCGUGGUAAUGAAUGGGCUCGUAUGAUUAAACCAAGAGAUAAAAAAUUGAAUAUUCUUGGUCUUGGCUACAGUGAAGGUACAAAUGGUCAAACAAUCGAAGCACCCAUUGUGGUUGUCAGAAAUUUUACUGAACUUGAACAAAAAGCUGGAUUAAUACCGGGUAAAAUAGUUGUCUAUAAUUUUAAAUAUGAAUCAUACGGUAAACAAGCUAUAUAUCGACAUAGCGGUGCAAGUCGUGCAGCUAAAUUUGGUGCCGUCGCAGCUAUGAUUAGAUCAUUGACACCUUUUUCGAUUGAUUCUCCACAUACUGGAAUGCAAUCUUACGAUGUAAAUGUAACAAAAAUACCGGCCAUUAGCAUAACUACCGAAGAUGCAGAUCUGUUUCAACGAUUUUCAGAUCGAAAUGAAGAAGUAAUUGUUCAAAUCUAUUCGGAAAAUCAUAAUGAAAAGGAUAAAGGUAUUUCCCGUAAUACUGUUAGCGAUGUGCGUGGUGAAAAAUAUCCGAAUGAAAUUGUAUUGGUCAGUGGUCAUAUUGAUUCAUGGGAUGUUGGUCAAGGUGCUUCAGAUGAUGGCGCUGGUGCAUUCAUUUCAUGGAGAGCAUUAUCGGUAAUUAAAAAGCUUGGACUACGACCUAAACGAACUCUACGGUCGGUUUUAUGGACGGGUGAGGAAUUUGGUUUGAUCGGUGUUUAUGAUUAUAUAAAAAAACAUCGAAAUGAAUUGAAGGAUUAUGUGAUUGCUAUGGAAUCGGAUAUUGGAACAUUCACACCGCGAGGCAUCACAUAUUCUGGUAAAAAUAGCACAUCACAAUGUACAUUAUGGGAAAUUUUACAAUUGAUGCAUCCGAUUAAUGCAACAACAUUGACCAUAUCAACCGAAGGUUCAGAUGUUCAAGCAUUCUAUGAAAACGGUGUACCAAUUAGUAGUCUAGAUACGGCCAAUGAUAAAUAUUUCUAUUUUCAUCAUACUCAAGGUGAUACAAUGACCGUCGAACAUCCAGAUGAUUUGGACAAAUGUCAGGCACUUUGGACAUCCGUUUCUUAUGCACUAGCUAUGCUUGAUGAUCGAUUAUCUCGAUAAUUUUAAACAACUUUUAGUGUCAUCUAUCGUUUUGUUUAUAAAAGAUUUAUUUGUAACUUUUUUUUUAGUUGAAAGAAAAAUAAAUUUUUGAGAAUGCCUGUUUUAAUUUUGA